UAUUACGUUAACAUUGUCAUUCUCUCACGCAGAAAAGAUCCGCACAGUAGAGAGUUCAUAUUAGAAAUAUAGACGGACUUUUCACAGUUUGUGAAUAUCUUCGAAAUGUUAACUCCUAUUAUAUAUCUUUAUUUUCUGUUAUUUCUCAUGACAAAGAUAAUGCACGGCCAAGGAAAUUUGUGUGUCUGUAGUCAGCCGGAUUCAGAUUUUGCGGCUGGUGUCAAUCUCGUUUAUUAUAAAUGCAAUCACGAAACCCCUGCAACAAUCGCCUACCCCAUCACAGCGCCAGAAGAGAUGUUAAAAGUGUUAGAAGAUAAGCGGACAAUCUUUUACGUCUUUGGAUAUUUACAAUCUCCAGGAGACGCAAAUGUCCAGUUAAUGAUGGAAGGUAUUGCAUUUCUACGAUAGACAAAUAGAUCAUUUAAAAACAGAUAAGUGAUACAAUGGGUCAUCAAAAUUAUAUUUUAUCAAAAAUCA